CUCUCCCUGUAACCUCCUGGGUGUUUAUUAACUCCAGCUCAGGAAGACAUUCAGCAGGGGAAAGAAUGAAGUCUUUUGUAUUGGGGGCAGCUUUUUGAAUUCAGCUUCCUCCCCCCCAUACCUUUUCACUAAGGCAGAGGCUUCUCUCUCCGCCAGAAAAUCCAUUGCUACCUUAUCGUAGCAGGCUUCCUUAGGCAAGACUCCAUCAUGUAGGUAUGUCUUACCCAGCAGUCACUGCUCGUUUUGGCCCUAGGCAAGCUGAAGAGCAGACUUCUCCCCAGGAGAGAGAAUGUGUGAAGAGAUGCAGAAAUUUUGAAGAACUGCAUCUUGAAGGUCAGAUGGGCUUAGUCAGAGUUGCUUUCAGAUAGCUUUCCCUACUUGAUAUCUGAAAAUGCAGAGCAGCAUCUCUUAGUGCCUGCCAAGAGAACCUCCUUUACAUCAAAACAUUAGUUUAUCUAAAGACACUGUUGAGCAAAACACCAAUCUCUGGCAAUGUUUUUAGUUCCUAAAAUUCUCUGGAAGCUGAAGAUCCUCAUAAGCUUCCUACAAAACCAGUUGGCUCUCUGCUUUUGCCAGGUAAAUGUUCACUUGCUGAUAGUGAGCUGAGGAUCUUCAGAGGUUGUAAUGUGGUAGAGAGCAUUGUGGUAAUUGGUUUAUAGCAGUCAUCUUCUCUGAGUGAGAAAACUCACAACUUUUUUGCCAGUGUGCUUAGAAGUCUCAGGCCCCAAAUACUGGAAAAUCCUGUCUUUAGUUCAAUGACCUAAGGUAGAAAAGCUAGGAAAGACCUUGUAUUACGUUGGAGCUUUCCACUGCAGCCAGAGCCAGCUGGAAUAAUAAUCAUAUGCAGUGCCAUGCAGCCUCACAAGUCCUUUCCACUCUUGUUUUAUCUUUACCAUCAAAUGUUAAAUUUCAGGUGGGGGAAGCUAAAUGUAAGAGUAGCAAAUGAACUAAACUCUUUUUCCCCCACGUUCCCCCCUCUCCAAAUUUCCCCAUCAAGUGCCACUCUGCAAAAGAGCAACGCAGGGCAAAGGCAGAGAACAUACAGCUCCUCCCUACGUUUCCUGCAAUGAUUUGACCUGGGCUGAUCCAAAUAUUUUGUUUUAGUAAAAAAAAAAAAAGUGCUGAUCCACAAGCACUUGUUGCUCUAUUUUAGAGCUGUGCUAGCAUCCAUGGCUGAGAGCAUUGCAUUCUCCACUUUCCCCAGAACAGUGCAAGAAAUCCUGGGAAUGCCACUGGGAGAUAGGGAGGAGGGGGGGAUUGGAUAAUCAAUACACACACACACACACACACACAUUUUGAUAUCUACAGCCAUCAAUGGAAUCUUUAAAGAAAACAUCUCUAGGUCAAUUUGGAAAACAAAUGACUGGGUUAAGAAUUUAAGCUCCCUUCACCUGUAUGUGAUCAUCAUGAUCAGGACCAGACUCAUACAAGCUGCCAUUGGCAUAAACACAAAUCAGAAGAGCAGCUGCACACUAUGGAGUUAUUAUAUCUUGCAGUUAGCCAUCAGAAUAUGCCUCUGCUUUAUUAUCACUGCCAAAAAUAUCUGUUAAGGGAGUUAAAUAUUAUCUCUGUUAGGAUCAAAGUUUAAAGUACAUUCCCCAGGCUUUGAUGUUCAACAAAAAUAUUUUUAAGUCUUCGGAUGAAAACAAUAAUAGUAAAAAAAAGAUUAACCGUUUUAAUAUGUUAUCUUAUCCUAGCAACAUUAUUCCCUCCUUAAAAACAACAACUGUCCAUAUGGAAGAGUUUGUGUAACCAGAAAGCAGGCAAAUUAUGUGAAAGUGGUUGACAUAACCAAAACAUAUGAAUGCACACCUUAAAACAAAAUUUAAAUAUUUGCAAAUCCUGUACUUGAUACUUACUUAUGCUGUGGACAGUUUUUUUAUGCUGUGGACAGAAUUUUAUUCUACAGCUUCAAGUAGAUAUCAUUAGGUUGUGCAAACAAGAUCUUGCCUAAAGAUAUAUUAAAAUUGCUGGAUAUUUGGCUCAAAGUCUUAUUCUAGGCAGGUCUCUUCUAGGCAGGGAGGUUCAAAAAACAAUUUUAUUUUUCCCCUUAUAAUUUUGUUCACUUUUACAGAAAAAAACAUGUCUUCUUUGUGAAGAGAUAAGUAAUUAAAACUUUCUCCUGUCAUGAAACAAGGCCUGUUCAAGGAGCUGUGAGCAUUCAAGUACCCAAAUGGAAAGAAGGAGAUGAUCCAACAAAAGGACGUUUUGCAUUAACAUCAAGGGAAAAACAUGUUUGGUGGACUUAAAUUGGACCACAUCUAGUAGACGGUUUCUUGACUGUGGGAAAAGGAAGAAAGACAGAAAUAGUUCUGAGCAGGGAAGAUAGGACAGGAGGAGAAAAAGGACCCAAAAGCAGAAGCAGAAGUGCACACAUUGCAACUUGCAGUGAAGAACAACGAUGUUAAAUAUGCUUCCUGUUCCUGUAUUAGUGCUCAGCAACUUGGAACUGCCUGUUUGCCUCAGUUCUUUCUACCCAUACCUACCAACACGGACUGAUUGUGGAGCAGUCUAUGAAUGUGUGAUGGGCAGCAGAAACGCAUGAGGUAGAUGGGUAGAGUCAAAAAAGGAGAAUUCACAUCUGGAGAGUCCGGUUGAGACAUCAAACGCUCAUUUGCUUUUAUUUUCAUCUUAAAAGAAACUUCUUCAGAUAAUUUUUCAAUUGUUUUCUUAAUUGGAUUUUUGAUUCUGCCACUGAUCACCUGGGAAAUAAUGAGGUGGUUUCAUCGUGACCUGAGUGGCAUAGAUGCUGAGGCCUUACUCAAAGCACGAGGGAUUCAUGGCAGCUUUCUGGCUCGGCCCAGCCGGAAGAACAAGGGGGACUUUUCCCUUUCGGUCAGGGUUGGUGAUGAAGUAACUCACAUCCGUAUCCAGAAUACUGGAGAUUAUUAUGAUCUCUAUGGAGGAGAGAAAUUUGCUACUCUAUCAGAGUUGGUGGAAUAUUAUACACAGCAGCAGGGAUCCCUGCAGGAUAAAGAUGGAACCAUCAUAGACUUGAGGUAUCCACUCAACUGCUCUGAUCCCACAACAGAAAGGAAAGAGUCCUGGUCCAGUAUGCUUUCCCUGGUCCUCCUUGUGGACUUCUGUGUGGCAGGACUUUCUCUCAGGGCCUGCUUUUUGUCUGUGUCAGGAGGACCCAGGAAAAUCAAGAUAUUCACUCAAGUGGAAAGAUCUCCACAGAUCCUGAGUAUUUCUGAAUGGAGGUGGUACCAUGGACAUCUUUCUGGCCCAGCAGCUGAGGCUUUACUCCAAGCCAAGACUGCACCGUGGACCUUCUUAGUGCGUGAGAGCCUUAGCAAGCCUGGUGAUUUUGUGCUGUCUGUCCUAACUGACCAGCCUAAACCUAGGACUGAUGCUACUGGAGCCCACAGCCAAGAACGACUCAAAGUUACCCAUAUCAAGAUUAUGUGUGAGAAAGGGCAGUACACAAUUGGGGGUACAGCAAGAUUCGUCAGUUUGGCUGACUUAGUGGAACAUUUUAAGAAGACAGGAAUUGAGGAGGCAUCUGGAUAUUAUGUGUAUUUAAGACAGCCUUUCAAUGCCACUCGAGUGAAUGCAGCUGACAUUGAAAACAGAGUGGAAAUGCUCAAAAGGAGGAGUCAAGCAGAAGAGGCAAACAAAGGUGGUUUCUGGGAGGAAUUUGACAGCCUGCAGAAACAAGAAACAAAGAACUUAUAUGAUCGACACGAGGGUCAAAGACCAGAAAAUAAGAGCAAGAACCGUUAUAAGAAUAUCUUGCCCUUUGACCACUCCAGAGUUAUUCUUCAAGACAGAGAUGUGAAUAUUCCUGGGUCGGAUUAUAUCAAUGCCAACUACAUCAAGAAUGAGCUGUUCGGUCCGGAGGAAUGCAGUAAAACCUACAUUGCCAGCCAAGGUUGCCUGGAGGCCACCAUUAAUGAUUUCUGGCAGAUGGUAUGGCAAGAAAAUUCACGCAUUAUUGUGAUGACCACUCGGGAGGUGGAGAAAGGACGGAAUAAAUGUGUUCCCUACUGGCCAGAAGUAGGAAGCAGCAAAGAGUACGGGCCAUAUAUUGUGGAAAAUAUUGGAGAUCGUGAGGCAAUAGACUAUAAACUCCGACAACUUCGGCUUUCACCAAUCAAUAAUGGUGAGGCCGUGAGAGACAUCUGGCAUUACCAAUACUUGAGCUGGCCAGACCACGGAGUGCCCAGUGAGCCUGGAGGGGUUCUUAAUUUCCUUGAUGAACUCAAUCGGAUGCAGGAAAGUGCCCCGGGAGCUGGACCCAUCAUAGUGCACUGCAGUGCUGGGAUUGGUCGCACUGGGACCAUCAUUGUCAUUGAUAUGACUGUGGAUAUGAUUUCCACCAAAGGACUGGACUGUGACAUAGAUAUUCCAAAGGCCAUUCAAAUGGUCCGGUCGCAGCGCUCAGGAAUGGUGCAGACUGAAGCUCAGUACAAGUUCAUCUAUAUGGCCAUUUGCCAAUUUAUAGAGGUCACCAAAAAGAAGCGGGACAUAUUGCAGUCUCCGAAAGGAAGACUAAAUGAAUCAGAAUAUGGGAAUAUCACCUACCCACUUGCCCAGAAGAUCUCACACCCAAAGAUUUCUAGAAAAUCAUCCAGGCAAAAGGAGGAACCAACCCUCUAUGAGAAUUUAGACAACAUGAAAGGGAAAAAGGAAGAGAAGGGUCAUAAACCAUGGCCUUCUGGGAAAGAAAAGAAACCUAAAGGCUCUUUGAAGAAAAAAUAACCAUCAUUGGCUCCAUUCGCAGUGAUCAUUUGUCCUUGCUAAUAACAAUUUUGUCUAGAGGUUUACAGAAUUGUAGAUGGCUGUCCAAACACAUUUUGGUCAUUGCAUGGAAUUUCAUUUCUCCUUUCAUCACUUUAUUCUCUCUUGUCCUUUGGUCCCUUACAUAUAUUAUUUUAAAUUAUCGUAAGCCUCUUAGAUGUUUAUUUCAUUUGCAUGUAGAAUCUUGCACCCACUGUGAUUGUGCAGGCUGUGGUUCUCAGCCACCAAUUUAUUGCCUUGAUUCCUUCAUUACCUCCUAAACUUCCCCAUCUUUCAGCACAACUACGAGCUAGAUUUCUACUGUUUUUGAGUCUGUGCAAAGUAUCUCAUUCCACCUGCUUGUGUUCCCUAGACCUUUCCUAAGAGGGCCUAGCCCUUCCCAUUUUUUUAGAAUGUACCCCUUACUAGGUGGUACGAAGCUUAGUAUGGAUCUGGAUCUGGCAAACCAUGUACUUUCGCUUUGGGCCAUUCCACUUAUUGGACCCAGAAGCUGAAUACAGUGCUUUUCAAUAAGCAUUGCUUCUAUAGCUUAAGCUUUCUAAUCUAGUUUCUUCCUAGUGUUUGUUUGAAACUUCAUCAGAUCAAAGCUGACCAUGUUCCAUUUACAACUGGGAACCACAAGCUAUCUGUUUAUUCACCAACCAUUUGGCAAUUGCACUCUGUAAAUAAUAGAUUGGGUUGCUUUACUCUGUAAAUAAACCAGAUAUUUGUUUGGUA